AUGGCAGACGGUACCAGACUCAAGAAUCUAGAUGAACAGCUCCGGAAACUUGAGACUAGGGUUCAGAUUCAAGUAGACUCCCUGCAAACGGAGUUACAGGACGCUCGAACGCACGUAGAUACCAAAAUGGACGAGCUCGACAAGAAGAUUGACGCGUUAAUGGCAGGAAUGGAGACGAAGUUGACUUCAUUUCUGCAGGCUCUCAACAGAGACAGAGCAACAGCAACUGGUGAUUCGCCUCCCCCAGAGAAGACUCCUCUACUGACCAAUCCACAUGCCAGAUGCAGAGAGUGGGGAGAUCAGUCAGCAGCAGGCAAGGAGCAUAAGGUUACGAUCCCAAGCUUACCUAAAGUAGAACUUCCUUUUUUUGAAGGGGACAGACCUCAGGAAUGGAUCAGAAAAUGUGAGAAGUAUUUUCUGGUUCAUCAACUUCCUGAGGAUCAGAAAUUGGAAGUAGUGGAGAUGUAUUUGGUAGGGAAAGCCGAAAUAUGGUUUCAAGGAAUUAAAAGGAGCAAGGGACGAACCUCUUGGGAAGGAUUCUGUCAACUAGUCAAUAGGAGAUUUGGAGACAGAGAGAGGAGAGACGAAGUGGAGGAAUUCAACAAGCUUCACCAAACCACUAGUGUCAAGGACUACCAAGAGAAAUUUGAGGAAUUGAGUUCCUUGAUGUUAAUCAGAGAUCCUCACCUAUCUGAAUCCUAUUUUGUUUCCAGCUUCAUCAGCGGUAUUAAGGAAGAGAUCAAGCCUAUGGUUAAAAUGUUGAAACCUGCUACCUUACUUGAGGCCUUCGAGAUUGCAGAAUGGCAGGAACAGUUAUUGGCAUUCAAUGGGAGGAAUACCAGAAACUUUAGGACUUGGGAGCCUGGGGAAAGCUCCAAGUCCCUCAGUGCUACUGUUGUAACCAAACCAAGGGAAAAAAUUUCAGAACAAAUUGGCCAAAGGAAGUGGACUCCAGAGAAUACAAACCAGGAACAUAGGAAGAUCUCUCCUCAGGAGAUCUUACGCAGGAAAAACAAUCACCUGUGCUUCAAGUGUGGGGAGAGGUUCAGCCCAGGUCACCAGUGCAAAUACAGACACUUAAAUCUCAUUCUAGAAGAGGAUGAGGAAACUGAAUUUCUGGAUGCCAUUGGGGAGCAGGAUGAGCAGACUGGCCAUCCAGGGCAAUCCGUGGAUAUAUCUCUACAUGCAUUAACAGCCUCUAUCAAGAGAAAAACCCUUAAAUUACAAGGGGUGUUGAAGGGACAAACGGUAUCUAUUCUGGUGGAUACUGGUAGCACUAACAGUUUUCUGAAUGCAGCUUUACUGGAGACCAUGGAGCUAAGGACAGCUAGUAUGACACCCUUAAAGGCAACCAUCGCUGAUGGAACCACUAUUUCCAGUGAAUUGUUCUGUCCACAUGUAACAUGGAGCAUCCAGGGGUACAACUUUAAUUUUCCUUUGAUAGUCAUGGGACUGGGAACGUGGGAUCUCAUACUUGGAGUGGAUUGGAUGGUGCAGUACAGCCCUAUCACUUUUGAUUUCCAACAGCUGAUGAUCAAGCUAUCAGAAGAAGGGGGCGAGAUGGUAUUGGAAGGGGUAGCUGAGCAACCUUCAAUGAAGCUUAUCAGAGGUAAAGCAGUAAGAAAAUUCAUGCAACAGAAGCACAGAACCAGGCCAACCGUCUGCUCUGUGUCUGACGGAGGUAACUUGAAUGGCGUAAGUCCACUUCCCAGUGAGAUUUCUGAAUUAUUGCAUGAGUUCUCAGAUGUGUUUGCUGAGCCUACACAGUUACCACCAGAACGAGCACAUGACCACACCAUCCCACUGAAACCAGAUGCCCAGCCUUUUAAACUCAGACCCUAUAGGUACCCACAUUCCCAGAAAACAGAGAUCGAAAACCAAGUCUCAAACAUGCUUCAAACUGGCAUCAUUAAGCCUAGUACAGUCAUUCUCUCCCCCUGUUACUGUCCAAAAAGAAGGCACCGGCGUUCGUGUAGACUAUGGUACCUAAAGACCUUACCAUAA